AUGGACUCAACCUGCGUGGCGCAAUGCAACGUACUCCACGUGUCGUCUGCUGUGGAAAGCGCCCCAACGCUCACGUGUCCGGCACAGAAGCGCAGUGCCGCAGUCGGGGGCGCGGGGAGGCGCGGCUCAGACCUCAGUCCGCUCAGCGCUGCGGCCGCGCGAGCAAUGCCACGAAUGUCACGUUGCGUCGCGUUCCUCGCGCUACUCGUCGCGCUCGCCGCGUGCGUGGAAGAAGACUGUAUCGACUGGGAGGGCAAGUCCGUACCGCACGGGCUGCUUUACGUGCCGGGGCCCGGCGUGUGCUCCAUCUGUGUAUGCUACCACGCCGAGCCCAUGUGGUGCAAGGCCAUUUACUGCGAUCCACCCUAUUUUUGCAAGAACUUCCGCGUCGGCGAGCGAUGCUGCGAGUUCGAAUGCCUCGACCCCCCUGGCGAGGACACGAGGUAUCGCGAGAGACAACGCCUCAGGGCCCUCAUCCUGGCUGGCAACUCCUCAGCUACGCAGGUCAAGCCAUCCUUGCGGCUCAAAGCGGGCAUCUCCUUAAUGGCUGUAGCUGCGGUCGUGAGGAUGGUUUGAAAAUAACUUUGCCGGCAAACUGCCGUGCGCCUAAAAGGGUAACGGGUAUUUAAAUAGGGAUAUCAUCUGUGAAACUGGCUUUUCCUUUAACGCUGUUUCUAAAGAACUUGGCCGUGCGCAUAAAUGGGUAUAUAGAGAUACCUUCUGUGAAAACUGGUUUCUCCAACAUCUUCUAACCAUUACAGCUAUAAGAAUGUUUUAAAACGCUUUCAAUGUAAUAGCUGUACAUCUAUAGAACUCACAGAAAAACCAGUUUUCUCGAGUAUUUUUGAAGCAUGGCAAUUAUUCUUGGCCUUCUUCAGAAGCAGUUAUACUAGUUAGGCCAACGUCUAGGGUAAAUGUUUGGGCCAAUGUCAAAGACCAAUGUGUUUUGUUCUCGUAAUCCUUCAACUCGCUGCUGUGCUGACGAGUAUAGGGACGAGAUGAACUUUUCGGCUAACUAUGGUGUCCCUGGAUGGGAGUAAAGGCGGAAAACAUACUUUUAACUCGCGUAGAAACCAAUAACAAUGCGUGUAGAGUCGAUCAGAAAACUCCACACCACGCCUCGUGUUAAAAAUAUGUUUGAGCCCAAAUUCUAAGAGCGCUGGUUUUAAAGUCUGGUAAAUAUAAUUAUAGAAUUUACGAAAGAUUUCAAAUCGCUAUCGUUUUUCUCUAAUCACUCGAAUGCCAAAACAAACACCAAUUUACCUCUCUAUCUUUCUUUUUCACUGAUCUAGGUAAGUAUUUGUCUUCUACUAGAUUUUUUUUUAUAAAUUCCCCUCCCCUAUUUAGAGUUUAGUUAUAAAGCUUUAAACAUCUAGUCGUACCUAUUUAGUAAAUGCUUGAACAGUUUGCAUAGCCUAGCUGUUCUGCGUGUUGUUGCUAAUUGUGCUAUUUCACAACAACGGCUGCAAUAUAACGCAACAACACUGUUGUCAGCAAACAUAAUUGACAAUGGUGACAAUUUACCAACAGUGAAGUUAGACUGGGUGAACUAAAUAUUGGUGUCGAUAAUGCAAAUCAUUAUUAUUUUAAUUUUAGCUUUAAAAAGUUAGUUAGACCGUUAAGAUAACUAUCGACCGUGAAUCUAGGGAAGAAUAAUUUACGAGAAUUAUUUUUUUUACUAUAUUUUUCUUUUCAUUACUAUUUUAAAAGAACAUUAUUUAUUUUUGUGAUUUUCGGUCAUACGUAAGCAUUAGGCAAGUAUGUUUCAUUUCUUAAUAAAUAAUGAUAACUAAUCAGUCUUUCUUUAAAAAUAAAGUAA